CCCAAUGCAUCGCCGCGCUACAUCCAGUUCCGGGUCAGGGGUCACAACUUCCUCUUCUUCCUUGGCGACCACGUUGCCUCCUCCGCUGCAGCCAUGAAGAGACCGAAGCUGAAGAAGGCGAGCAAGCGCAUGACCUGCUCCAAGCGCUUCAAGAUCCAGAAAAAGGUCCGCGAGCACAAGCGCAAGCAGCGCAAGGAGGCGAAGAAGAAGAAGGGAACGGGGGCAGGGAGCGCCGCGCGACGAGCUCGCAAGGACCCCGGCGUGCCCAACUUGGCGCCGUUCAAGGACGCCGUCCUGCGCGAUGCCGAGUUGAAGAAACAGCAGGCAGAAGAGCUGAAGGCGAAAAGGAAAGAGGCAAGGCAAAAAGAGAUGCAGAAGAAGCGGGAUGAGCGCAGUAAGAGAACCGAGCGCAAGACGGAUCGCCUCUCCACAAAGGACCCCGUGGCUAUGAAGACAAAACCAGAGGCUUUGAACAAGAGGCUUCUGAAUGAGCUGCACAAGGUGCUGGGCUUGGCGGAUGUGGUGCUGCUGGUGCUGGAUGCGCGCGACCCCCUCGGUUGCCGCUGCCCCCAGCUGGAGCAGACGGUGCUGGAGGCGGGGAAGCCGCUAGUCUUCCUGCUCAACAAGAUCGACCUGGUGCCAAAGGACAGCGCAGAGAAGUGGCUCAGCUUCCUGGGCAGGGAGCACCCCACUGUGCUUUUCAAGUGUUCCACACAGCUGCCGGGCAUUGGGGUGAAGGCACAGCUGCCCGGCAGUGAAGUGCUGGUGAGCCGCAGCGUUGGCGAGGAAGCGCUCACAAGGCUGCUGCUCAAGUUGGCGCAGCACCACCACAGCCCCAUCUCCAGUGGUGGCAGCGGCUCCAAACACUCCAAGCACUCCAAGAACUCCACCACCAUUGAGACCGCCACUACUGACACCACUGCCGCUGGCGAAGACACCGCAGACGCUGCCGCCGCUGCCGAAGUUGCCGCCGAAGACCCCACCGCCACCACCACCCCUGCCGUUGCCGCCACCGCAUGCCGGGUGGCCGUAGUAGGGUUUCCGAACGUCGGCAAAAGCAGCAUCAUCAACAGCCUGCGGAAGACGCGCCUGUGCAACGUGGGGCCCAACGCGGCCGUCACCAGGACCAUGCAGGAGGUGUGCCUCGACAACCACAGCGUGCGGAUGCUGGACUCGCCGCCGGUGCUGCCGAGCGCCGACAACGCCGAGGUGGCGCUGGUGCUGCGGGGGCUGCACGCCGGCGGCGUGAACCUCGGAGACGCCGUGCGCAAGCUCGACGCCAUCCUGGAGCGGUGCAACAUGCAGCAGAUCAUGCUUCACUACAUGGUGCCGGAUUUCUGCAACACGAGCGAGUUCCUGGAGCUGCUGGCACGGCGGCGCGGGCACCUCAAGAAGGGCGGCGUGGCGGACCACGCGGCGGCCGCCAGGGCAGCGCUCUCCAGCUGGCUGUGUGGGAAGCUGAGUUUCCACACGAGCGUGCCGGCGGAUCUGGCGGCCACCGAGACCACGAAGAAGUCGCAAUCCCCCCUGCACUACGACCGUGCCGCGCUGGACACUGCCAACGCCGACACGCUGUCACGGUGCCGCUUCCCCAUGCCGGCCGGGAGCAUCGCUCUGAAGGGCUACGGCUCGACCAAGGGGGUCCUCGACGACCUGGAGCUGCAGCAGCUUCAGCAGCAGCUUCAGCAGCAGCAAGCAGUAACAGCCAGUGCCAGCAAAGGGCAGGAGCAGCAGCAGCAGCAGCGGAAUGGCAACAAAGUCCAGAAGGUCGAGGACAACAAAGACGAGAAAAUUGAGGACAUGGCAAUAGAUGAGGAAGAUGAUGACGAUGAAGACGAUGAAGACGAUGAAGACGAUGAUGACGAUGAUGACGAUGAUGACGAUGAUGAUGAUGAUGAAGACGAUGAUGACGAUGAUGAAGACAAUGAUCAUGAAGACGACGAUGCGGAAGAGGUCACGGCGGAGGGGAAUGGAAAAGCGGCGAUCGCUCCUGGGCCUGGUGGUGAUAACGGAGCAGUGACGAGGACACCACUCGGCAGGACGCGGGCUGCUACCGCUGCUGCCGCUGCUACUCCAGCUGCCACAAAGACCGCUCCUCCGGCUGCCACAAAGACCGCUCCUCUGGCUGCCACAAAGACCGCUCCUCCGGCUGCCACAAAGACCGCUCCUCCGGCUGCCACAAAGACCGCUCCUCCGGCUGUCACAAAGACCGCUCCUCCGGCUGCCACAAAGACCGCUCCUCCGGCUGCCGCCCGUGCUCCCAACGACGAUAGUUACGACUUCGCCACGGACUUCUACCUGUGAUGGCCGGAGUUGGUCGCUGCUUGCACCUCGUUUCCACAGGACAGUGAAUUCAAGUCUACUCGCAUCCACCUCCAGUUGCCCCCCCUUGCUCGUGGUAUCUGAGUUGAUGGACAAAUCGAGUCUGUUAACAAAAAAAGCGGGAAAAAAAUUCCGACAGGUUAAUUUUUAUGUUUCGCUGUAACGUGUUUGGUGAUGUGAAUCCUCUCGGACCUCGGCUCGCAUUCUGACGUCGGGGAUCCGGGCAGAGCCCUAGGAGCAAAAUCAGCCCAGAAAAAUCAGUCUCAAAAAACAACAGGGAUUGCCGGGCGACUCGGGUUUGUCUAAAGAACAUGAAAACUCUGUGUUAGGUGGGGGGGGGGGGGGUCAACUCGGUUACCAACUUGAGUUCUGCAUUCAUUUAAACGCGAUACGAGAGGCCUCGGUUAUUGCCUGUGCACACGCGCGCACACACACACGUGGUGCCUCUCAAAAGGGGGACUGCGCCAACACCCUGGCCGCCACCGAUUCUCCCGUAAUGUUCUGCGCCUUCUGUGCGUCCGUUUUUAUUUUUGCCAAUAAAGUGACGCCGUUAUUGGAGCUGU